AUGGCUGCCGGCGCGACAAGAUCGGUGCCGGCGCCCAGCUCGGCCCCCGCCGCCCCCGCCGCCGCCGCACUGCCGCCGCCCUCCGCCCUGCGCGAGCUGUACGCCGCCGCCGCCGCCGGCCACCCGCUCGCCGCCCAGCUCGCCUCGCAGCAGAGGCUGCUGGAGCUGUCGCGCUUCGGCCUGCGCCACUACGACCUGGCGCAGCACGUGCUGUCGCAGCAGGGCGCCGUCACCAAGCUGCUCGGCACCCUGAGACCUCCAGGCCUGAUCGGCGGCAGCAAGCCCAAGGUCGCGACGCCCGCAGUCGUCUCCAAGAUCGAGCAGUACAAGCGCGAGAACCCGACCAUCUUCGCCUGGGAGAUCCGGGAGCGGCUCAUCUCCGAAGGCGUGUGCAGCAACGCCACGGCCCCGUCGGUGAGCAGCAUCAACCGCAUCCUGAGGAACCGCGCGGCGGAGCGCGCCGCCGCAGAGUUCGCGCGCGCCGCCGGCUACGGCCUGUACCACGCGGCGCACCCGUACGCCGGCUCCUUCCCCUGGCACCCGGCGCAGCUGUGGCCGCCGUCCUCGCUGGGGCUGGGCGGCGGCGGCGGCGGCGGUGCGCCGUCCCCCGCGGGGCUGUCCCCCGGGUCGUCGGCCUCGCCCGUCGUCGGCGGCGGCGGGGGCGGUCCGCACCACCUGCACCUGCGCCAGGACCUGGGCCCACACGGCGACCUCGCGGACGAGACGAGCAGCCUGGACGGCUCGGACCAGCCCAAGUUCCGCAGGAACCGCACCACCUUCAGCCCCGACCAGCUGGAGGAGUUGGAGAAGGAGUUCGAGAAGAGCCACUACCCGUGCGUCAGCACGAGGGAGCGUCUGGCGGCCAAGACGAGCCUGUCGGAGGCGCGAGUGCAGGUUUGGUUUUCCAACAGACGGGCGAAGUGGAGGCGCCACCAGCGCAUGAACCUCCUAAAACGCUCCUCGCCCCAACACCCCCAGCAGUUCGCGCCCAACGCGGCGGCACCCCCUACCACCUGUGGGUCGCCGGCGCCCGCUUCCACCCCUGGCUCGCCCCAACGCUACACCUCCCCCUCCACCAUCACCACCAACACCACCACCACCGCCUCCAGGCCCCUGAUGGGCGGAGCAAAUAGCGCGUUCAAGGCGCUGCUGCGGCGGCAGCCUUCGCCGUCUCCGUCGCCGGCUUGCUCCUCCGGCUCCGAGGAGAUCAACGUGAACGACCACUCGGACGACGAGGAGGACCGCGCGAGGCUGCUGCGCCCUGGCGGCCGCGACGACCCCUGGGAGUGCAACCAGCCGCUGCAGCUCACCAAGUACGAGCGGGAGAGACUCUAGCGCCCUGAAGCCCGGCCCUGCUGACGAGACGCGAGGGAUACUAACUCUGCUGACACGAGGCCGGUGAUUCCAGUUACAGUGCCGCACCACUGCGAAGGAACGGUCUCACGGGCACGAGAACAAAUAGAAAAGCUGGGGAGAAAAGAUUUUGCUGCACCCGUCCGCCAUCUCAACUUUGAACAGACUUCUCGCUGUCCUGACAAUUCAAGUAGAAGAAAAAAAGCACAAUUGUUGAAGUUUGACUUAAAAGUGGCAAUCUCCCGUUCGAAGAAUUAUUUUUUCCCCCCUUCUUUUUUUGCUAGAGAAUUUGUGAGCCUUCGAAAAGAAACUGAGGACAACGAGCUCAAAUUUUGGACAAGAGCAUCGUUGCUACAACUGUCAGUCGUGUCAAUCCCUGAAAAUUUUCGCCUGCGCUGACGCAAAACUGGCAGUAAAAGAGGGGAGGUCAAAAUAAAAAAAAAUCGUGUCAUUUCGGAUUUGGAGUGGCUGAAACUGAAAGUGGAGAUCGUUUUUCGUAAAUGUCCAUUAUUUCUCAAUUUGCACUUCAGAAUACCUGCAGAGGAAAAUAUCAACGAAGAUUUAAGCCAUCCAGUGAAGUAGGGAGGAAUAAAUGCGUAUAAAACUACUUGCAAGCUACUCUAGUCGCCCGAUGUCAGCAAAUAAGUAGGAAGGAAGAAGACGUGUACAUUUAAUGGGCCAUGUUCUCUACAUAAGUCUCGCUGAUAUUAAAUGGGAUGUGACUCACAACGUUGGUGAGAUAAGAUGUUACAUAUAGCUUCAAUGAUUUUUUUUCUCUCUGCCUCAAUGGAUCGUUUUAGUGGUAAGUCGUACUCGGACAGGACACUAGCCUAAGGUUCAAGUGCUAAUGUUGUUGAGUGUGAUUUGCAGCUCUAUUUUAUAAUGACUAAAACAUUGACGACCACUUGGUUUUAAUGGCAUUUGGCACCCAGAGAGACUGUUUACAGCCCUCAAUUGACUAUUUUUUACUUGAACCUCAAAAUAUUCUAAAUGUCAGCCAAUUUAAAUAAACUUUUAGCACGCUGAAUUAAAGACAAAUUUGCAGAUACUUUGGAUAAAUUAUUUUAUAUGCCCAGUGAUUGAAAAAAAAAAAAAAACCAACGAUUCGUUUGUAAAUUAAAAAUAAUUUAUAAUUACAUGAAUACCGCAC